CGCUUAAAAUGCUACGAAAAAUCCGUUUGAGCGGUGCGUUGAUUCCCUCACCAUUGCUGGCAAACGUGGAAUCAAGCAGCGAGAGCUCUGAGAGCGAUGACGACGACUUCAACCGUACUUGUGAGCAGAAAUUUGCCCAGCUCUUCGACGUGCCUAACAGAACACCGAAAGUCACCGGCUACGAGAAGAAUGUUGUUCGGAGGUACUCAGAGAAAGAGUUUCGCAAGAAUUUCCGACUCCCCAGGAAAUCGUGCUACGCCUUAAUUGAGCGUUUCUCCGAAUCCAGCUUCUACCCCUCGAACCAACGGCACGGUGGCUCACCAGCUAAAACGGCCGAGGAGCACAUGCUUUCCUUCAUUUGGUACGCGGCCAACAAGGCUUCCAUGAGGGAGGUGUCCGUACUUUUUGACACAUCUGAAUCAACGCAACUAGGGAUUAUAAACAGGGUGCUCAACUUCAUGUGCAGCAUAGCACCAGAGGAGAUCUACUUUUCAAGCAACAAGGAAGCUGUUGCAAAAGAAUUUGAAAAGGAAAGACAACAAGACAUCGCUCAGCAUCACAUUCUCCAAGAGGAAGAACUCAGGGAAGCAAGCCAGUGUGCCACGACACAGAGAGAGUCAGCCCUGCGGCACCUUGGGGAACUGAAGCGGAGCAACCUGGCAGAGCGUUUAUAA